ACAUCAGGCUCGGCGCGCUGGGAGACGGGAACUCCAGAAACCCCUAGAGCUAUACGACGCAUCUGUUCACGUCGGGCCGACCAAAUAGGAGCUGUGGGAGUUUCCGGCUACGAAGAAACUACGUGCACGCACAAGAAGCUGGAUUACACACAUAAAAACGAUGCGUAGAGAAUGCGCACAGCAUCAGUGUACCACAAUGCCCACAUACGGCACGGCGCGGUCCAAAAAACCGGAGUACUGCGCCAAGCAUAGGCACCCCGGGAUGGUAGACGUUCUCAACAGGAGGUGUGGCCACCUGGCUUGUUCGAAAACCCCGUCUUACGGCCUUCAAGGCACCAAGACCGCGAUUUUCUGCGUGAAACACUCGAAGAGGGGCAUGGUGAACGUCAUCAGCAGGAGGUGUGUCAACAACGAGUGCGACAAGCUGGCAUCCUUCGGCUGCACAGGCACCAAGAAGGCGGAAUACUGCACCGUGCACGCGAAGGAGGGAAUGAGUAACGUUCUCGACAGGGUGUGCAGCCAUCUCGGAUGCAACAAACAGCCGAACUUUGGCGUGGGCGGCUCCAAGAGGGCAGAGUUCUGCCAGGAGCAUGCGAAGGAGGGGAUGAUCAACGUUCGCAGCAGGAAAUGCGAACAUCCACUUUGCACAACCCGCGCAUCUUUCGGCCCCCAAGGAACAAAAACACCAGCAUUCUGCAGCCGGCACGCAGAAGACGGAAUGGUCAACGUGCGAUGCCGAAGCUGCGCCCACCCCACCUGCUUCAAGAGGCCGUACUACUGCGCGGAAGGUUCAACCCGGCCGGAAUUCUGUAGCCAGCACGCUAGACCCGGGAUGAUAAACAUAAACGCUGUCUAUGCCAAGACCCAAGGCAAGCGUGCUAGGAACGCCCCUGACAGGAUACCCCCAAGGACCAAAAAGCGCCCGCGCCAACCCGGUGACGUCCCGUCGGUGCAAGCGCCAGUCAAGCAAGAACCUGACCAAGGGAUGCCCCUCGAAAGUGAGUCCUUCGUCCCACGAGCCAGAAAUAUUGGGGAGGAGGCGAAGUCUGAUUAG